AUAAAAAAAUGUGUUUUUUGUUUUCGUUUGUUGGCCGUCACGCUCUUGUGUACAGGGAAAGCGACGAGAGGCGAUACAGUAUUGGACGGGGACGGGGAAAACCAGGUUCGCACAUACCCAAUCCUCAUCGUCGCCACACUCUCGCCUCAUCUCAAAACCCUAACCCUAAUCUUCUCUCCCACCGUCUCCUUCGCGCACGUCCAGGGGUUUCCAUCUUCUUCGACCACAUUGCCGCUCCAGAUGUUCAACGCCGAGUUGCCGACGCUGAUCGAAGUCUUCGUUUGCAAAUUGCAAGAGGCAAGAACAGAUGCAAGGGACUGGGAUUUUUGUUUCUCUUUCUCGCAUUGGUAGUAACGACAAUAGACAAUAGUAAUUAGUAGUAGGUACUAUGACGAAGAUUGAGAAUGACAAGAAUAGAGUAAGAGUGCGCAAACAAAAAUCCGGGUCUCAAAAUAGAAAAGUGAGGCAGCGAAAAGAUGUAAUGGAAAAAUCACUAGUGGGUUGAAUAACUAGCCUAUUUAAUGCAAAAAAACAAAAAUCUCUUCUUUCAAGUCAAGUUGAAGAAGAAAGUGAUGAAGAAUUUGGGGAGGAUGAUGUGAAUGAUAAUCUUAGAGAUAAAGGUGUUAAUGAAGAAGCUAGUGGCGCAAAUACAGGUGACGUUCAUGAGGAACCUAUGAGUGAAGAUGUUGAUGUACCACAUGAAGAAUCUAGAGAGGGGCAUAAUGAAGGCUCUACUUCUAUGAAUGAAAAUGUAGAGAAUGAAGAACAUGAAAGUAUGCUUGACCUUGAAAAAGAUGUUGAUGUGAACUAUGAUCCGGUAUGUACACCCGUGCUUAAUUCGUCUUUUUAGCCCAACGAAUCAUUUGUAAUGUGUUCAUUCACUUGAAUAGAUUUCGGAGUGAUUGUAAA